AUGUCGGCGUACUCUCCUGUCGGUUUGGCUCUGCUGUCCCUCCUUCUCGCUCCAGCACUUGGCCAGCUAGACCUCAACCGAUUGGAUGGCGAUACCGUCUGCCCACCAAUGAGAAGCGGACAAGAUGACCUUCCAGGUUUUGAUCUGAUAACCCAGUUCCAGCUGGAUGUGAUCCCUCUGAAAGGUGUGAGGAAGGUGGAUGGCUCCACUACGCUCCAGGUCGCCUACCGACUCGACAAGGAGGCUAACUUCCAAAUUCCAACCAUGCUGAACUUUCCUCGUGGCUUCCCUGACGAAUACUCCUUCAUGGUGACCUUCCGCAUGAUCAAAAACACAGUGAAUAAAGUGUGGAAUGUCUGGCAAGUUGUGGAUGAAGAUGGCAACAAACAAGCCGGACUAAGGCUGAAUGGUGACCAGCAGGCUCUGGAGUACUUCCUUAUGGGCGCUGAUGGCAACCUGCAGACUGUCACCUUCCCCGGCCUCUCUGUGCUCUUCAACACCAAGUGGCACAAAGUGAUGAUUGGAGUGGAGCGUGACCAGGUCACUCUGUACGUGGACUGCCAACCUGUGGAUAAGAAACCUAUCAAGGGCAAAGGCCCUGUCAACACAGAGGGAGACACUCUUAUUGGCAGGCUUGAUGCUGAUCCCGACACCUCCGUAGUGUUUGAGCUCCAAUGGAUGUUGAUUCAUUGUGAUCCAAAGAGAGCGCAGAGAGAGAGCUGCAACGAGCUGCCUGCCACCGAGAUGUAUGCCAAUGCUGAGCCUGACAGAUCACUCCAAGGGCCCCCCGGAGCCCCUGGCCCAGAGGGUCCUCGGGGAUCAGCAGGAGAAAACGGCAGGGAUGGAAGAGAUGGUCUUCCAGGUUCUCCUGGUAGCCCAGGAACCCCUGGCAGCAAAGGGGAGCAGGGAGAGAUCGGUCUUCCUGGACAGAGAGGCCUGCCCGGCCUUCAAGGAUCUGGUGGUCAAUCUGGUCCGAUGGGUCCAAGAGGGCCUGUAGGAGAGAGAGGACUUCCUGGCUUUCCAGGACCUCCAGGUUCUCCUGGACCAGCAACUGAAGGACCUGCUGGACCACCAGGGAAACCAGGAAUCCCAGGAGAUGAAGGAAACAUUGGGCCUGAGGGUCCACCUGGACCCAGAGGGGGAACAGGCAUCGCAGGGCCUCCUGGCCUUCCUGGACCACCAGGGCCUGUGGGACCGCCUGGUGCCAGCAAUGAGGGAAGUGGGGAAGCUUGUCCUGCUGCCUGUCCUGCUGGACCCAGGGGGUUGGCUGGGCUACCAGGGAUGAAGGGACACAAAGGUACAGAUGGAGAGCCUGGAAAAGAUGGAAUCCCUGGAGACAAGGGGGAUGAUGGAGCAGCAGGACCUCAGGGGCCUCCAGGUCGCAUGGGAGAUGAUGGGCAAAGAGGGCCCAUUGGAUUCCCAGGAGCCCACGGAGAAAAAGGAGACAAAGGUCCUCCUGGAUUCAACGGUGUCCCAGGACCAACUGGCCCACCUGGAGCUCCUGGUGUGGAGGGAAUCCGUGGACGUCAGGGUUUGGAGGGGCCUAAAGGGGACGAGGGAGCAGUGGGAGCUACAGGGGAGCAGGGUGCUACAGGGGACAAAGGAGAAGUUGGAGAACCUGGUAAAGACGGCUUGGAUGGACUUCCUGGAGUGGAUGGAGCCAAGGGGGAGGCUGGUACUCCUGGAGCUGUUGGUGUCAGGGGGAUUGUGGGCAUUCCAGGUCUGCCAGGCAAGCAGGGAGUAGCUGGACCCCCUGGUGAAAAGGGCGAAACCGGUGCUGAGGGACCGACCGGACCAGUUGGACUUCCCGGAAAGGCUGGUGAGGCUGGAUCAGACGGAGAAGAUGGAAAACAAGGAGAUAAAGGAUCAACUGGUGAAACAGGAAAACAAGGACCUGUGGGGCCUGGAGGUCCUUCAGGUAUACAGGGGGAUAAAGGAGACAAAGGUGACACUGGUGCCAAAGGAAUGAAGGGUCACACUGGAUACAAAGGUGACCAGGGGCCUAUGGGACCUGAGGGAGAAAAAGGAAGUCAGGGUGACACAGGAAUAGCAGGAGACAUCGGAGUGAAAGGAGACCAGGGCCCUCCUGGUGUUACUGGAAUCAAAGGAGAGCGAGGCGAGAAGGGCAUGAGGGGAGCUACAGGAGAUGAAGGCAGACCAGGCCAGCCCGGACAUGAAGGUUUGGCUGGUCCAAUGGGAGCUCGAGGGAUGGAGGGAGAAUCGGGCCUUCCGGGAACACCAGGCCCCAGAGGUCUACCUGGACCAAAAGUGAAUGACGAAAAGCUUCGGGAGAUGUGCUCAGCAGUUGUUGAAGAACAAUUAGCAGAGUUUAUGAAAGAGUUCCUGAAGAAACCAGCAGCUAUAGGUGCGCCUGGCACUCCUGGACCUUCAGGACCUCCCGGGCCCCCUGGACCAGCUGGAGCAGCAGGAGCAGCAGGAACCCCGGGGGCAACAGGUCCCAAAGGACAUCCUGGCUACUUUGGAAUCCCAGGCACACCGGGCAAGAAGGGUGAUGCUGGAGAAAAGGGAGACAAGGGAGUCAAAGGAGAGGAUGGGGUAGGAAUCAAAGGGAGCCAAGGCGCACCAGGUGCACCAGGUGCUGUAGGUGCUCCAGGCAUCGGCAAGGAUGGAAAAAAUGGAGAACGGGGUGACACAGGAGGACCUGGUGCCCCAGGCGCAGCCGGUCCGAGGGGACCUUCAGGGCCACCCGGGCUUUGUGAUCCAUCAACCUGUAACAGACUUCCACCUCUCUAUAUGGUCAGCGGAAAGAAGUCUGCUGGCUACAAAUAUCCAUGAGGUAUCCCAGUUCAUUGAAACAGUCCAGAUCUCAUCCUGCAGAGACCACGUUUAAGGGCUUCUCAUGAGUCCAGGCUUGGUCAACUUUGGGAGUCUUCACAUGUCUCCGUCCGAACCACGGGUCUAAGAGGCGCUAGAGGGAACAGAGACCAUGCACAACUGUAGAAUACUGUAUAGACAUUUUAUCUUGUAUGUGAUUUAUAGUGAAAGCAUAUCUAAUGUUCAAAGAUAGCUGCUACUGAUGCCAAAGAAACUUCUUCCAGCUGACGACAGGCAAACAGGCCCACAAGUUGACCCAAACAAAUCUCUGCGGUUAUAUCCGCAGAGCCCCUUCUUUCAGGAAAAUACACCAGCAGGUUGUAAAGCAUUCUAGAUGCUCAUCUCAAAUUGUACUCCUAUGCAUGUAAUUCUACCAUAAUAAGCUUCCUGAAACAUUACUUCAACUCUUUUAGCCACAUGUAAGACUUACAGAAUGACAGGGGACAUUUUGACCCAAUGAUUCACCACUGAAGUCAUGAGCCAAAUUUAAAAUAAAAUAAAAUAAAUAUGAAUCUUUGUUUCCUAAAAACGACAUAAACAUGAACAGACCUGAGCUUACAUUUACAACAAUUUGCCUUAU